AUGUCUCAACCAACAAUUGCCGCUCUCGCGAAAGCGUAUCCCCACGACCCAAAACACCUCCACUCGGUCAUCGUCCCCCAACUAACCCACCGGCUCCGCCUGGCAUCUGUCUGGUCCAUCGCCCCGUCCUCCCGCGUCCUUGACAUCGGGUGCGGCCAGGGCGACUCCGCCCUCGUCCUGGCGCAUACGGUGUCCGGGUCCGACGGAGAAGCGGGGUCUGCGGCGGCCGGCCAUGUGACGGCGCUCGACCCUGCCCCGGGCGACUACGGAAGCCCGUACACGCUCGCGCAGGCACAAGCGUACAUCUCCUCGUCAGAGUAUGGCUCGAGAAUCACAUUUCACCAAGCGGACGCUCCGUCGUAUCUGUCUUCCCACUCAGAAGACCGAUUCGACGUGGCGACGCUGUGCCAUUCCUUAUGGUACUUUCCCUCCCAGGACGCAGUCUCGUCACUCUUCACGGCGCUUCACUCGUCUGGCCAGGUGCAGAAGCUGUGUUUCGCAGAAUACUCCCUGAAGGCGUCCAAACCAUCCCAAAUUCCCCAUGAGCUGGCGGUCGAAGCCCAGCGCAGAUUCCACAUGCUGCGAGCCGAUCGCGGGUUUACCGUCGACCAAUCCAACGUCCGCGGCGCGCUCGCACCGGAGGAACUCAUCCGACUGGCCGAGCAGUCCGGCUGGAAGCUGCAGGAGAAGGGCUCGGUUGAUACGCCGGGACUGUUGGAUGGGCGGUGGGAAGUCGGGGCUGUGGUGGAUCCCAGCUGGACCGAGGAGGUUUUGGGGGAGAAGUUGGGGCAGGAAGCGGAAGAGGAGUUGCUUGGUUACGUGGGUAGGAUUAAGGAGGCGGCGGAUGGAUUGAAGCAGAAGGGCGAGGGGACCGAGACGCUGGAUGCUGUUUGGGUGGUCAUGCAGCGCUGA